CCGCCCGAGGGCGUCUGGCGUGACUUUAUUAACCUCGUCGACCCCCGAAGCCUCUCCUCCCAGGCCUCCAACGUCCGUUGCGUCUUGGCUAACCGAUUGGCACAGGUAGGUGUAAUUCGACCCGGUCGCUCCAGUCCUGCCGAGCAGAGAGCAGAGACGUCUGUCGUACCGGGAGGUACUGCGUAGCUCUCGCUACCCGGUAUAUGAGUAUGUACCUGAUCGAAAAGGGUCGAGGAUGGGCGCGCCCGGUAGGCCCCCGACGUAUAGACCCUGCGUGGUGUGUGUGUGUGUGUGUGUGUGUGUGUGUGUGUGUGCGUGCGUGCGUGCGUGUGUACCUCUCGCUCGAGCGACUACCUGCGGUAGUAUAGCGAAGCAAACUGCGCAGCUGCGGGAUCAGGGGUGGAAGGGGAGGCUAAUGCCGGGCUGCUGGUCAGGGUCUCUCCUCUUCCUCCGAGGCUGGUCCUCCAGCGCGCCGUGUCUCUCCUGCUCGCGUACGUACACGUGCGAGGAAGCGGCUUCGAGGCGUAGGGCGCAAGGUUCGCCGCCGAGCAAGUCAACCUGUCUAGUAAGAGCGGGACCGCGUGUGGGCACUAUACAGGUAUGCAAGUGCGGUGCUAGCUCGCCUAUCUUGGUGCGGGCAGUAUCUCAAGAGAGCUCUAGUCGCGGUGUGGGCCGGGUGGUUUGCAUGUGUAGGCACGGUAGGCAGGUCAUGUACAGGCACAGCAUCGACCGGAACGGUGCUGGGGGAAAGGGGGGGGGGGGGGGGGAGUCAGGUAGAUGCCGACGAGCCACGACUAGGAAAGCGAACUACUACUGCAAAUGGGGGUUGGUAAGGGGGAGAGAAGGCUGUGACAGGACGGCCUUAAUGCAGUAGUAGCAAGGAUGCGCCUGUGGGACGAAUGGCACGGCGGAGGGAGGAGGAUGCGUCAGGAUGAUGGAAUGCUUGUGUUCCCGUCAGAAAACACGAAAAGGGGGCCGGGUCAGACAAGAGAAGGGGUCGGCCUGUGGGCCAAAGUUCGAACUGCGCGAUCGGGGAUCGCUGGCGCGGCAGAUGGCAGAACGGGGAGCGAGUUAGCAGCAAUCAACACCCGGUAGUAAGGUAUAGGGAGAGGGAGGGUA